AUGAAAGGAAAAGAAACGAUUCAGACGACAACAGUGAAGUCGUCAAUUGUGAAAAAGAAAUAUAAACGAGGUGAUAAAAUUAAAACAAUCAAGGUAUCUUGGGAUUCAGCUCGGUUAGCAGAUAAGCCAUUAGUAGAAGCUUCAAGGAUUGGCUUGGAAGAUAAAAAUCGUUUCAUAAGACAAAAUGUUGAUACGGUAUCCCCGUCAAUACGUAGUGAUAAAAGUUCAUCAUCAGUGAUUGCUGGCCAAUUAAUUAUUUAUGAUUUGGAUGAGGCACCACCAAUUGCUAACCAAUUAAAAAGAAAAAAAG